UGAGCUACUUGAAAGUAACAAUCGGUCAUGGUCUACUGUUUCAAGCUUCAACCAAAAUGUGUAUCCAUGGUUUUGGAGAUUCAGAUUGGGCUAGUGAUAGCAAUGACAGGUGUUCCACAAGUGUCUAUCCAGUAUUUUUAAGCCCUAAACUUAUGGAGAUCUAAGAAGCAAGCAGUUGUGGCUAGAUCCAGCACGGAGGCAGAGUGCAGGUCCGUUGCACAUGUAACAGCUGAAUUGUGCUGGCUAUAACGAACUUGAUUUCUGAAUUUCAACUUCAUUUUCCAGCACCAAUUGCAUGGACUGACAAAGUUGCUGCUGCCAUAGCUUGUAAUCAUGUGGUGCAUCAUAGAACUAAGCACAUUGAGAUCGAUCUCCAUUUUGUUCAAAAUAAGGUCUUCGAGAUGUGCCUACAGAAGGACAAGGAGCUGAUUUGUUUAUAAACCAUUGUGCACAGCUCGUUUUCGCUACCUUCAUUCCAGACUUAAAAGGUGCUGAAUAUCUGAAUUAAACUUCAUUGUUUACUAUAUUCAGGGGGCACUUACAUUGUUUCAGCAAACUCAAGUUUAUUGUUCUGAAAACUUCAGUUUUUAGGGAGAAUGAUAGGGUGCAAUGCUGUUAUGUUAGAUGUUGUUUGUUAAUCCUAGUCAGCAACUCAGUUAUAUUUGUUGUGCCACGUUAGCAUCUCAGUUGAAAAGAAAGUUGGUUAUAUGUAGGAGAGCAAGCUUCUACUACAAAAAUGUCACUAAGCAUAGUCAUAGAAGUCUAUUCAGUAUUCAGAAAAUCAAGAAGCUUCCAGAUCCUUCUAUUUUCUUUUCCUUUCUUUCUUUUUCUUUCUAUUUUUCCUUCUUACCAAAUACGAUUCUUUCUCAAAUUUCUCAAACAGCAAUCCGUAAGAUUUCCAAUACUUUAAAAAAAAAUAAAAAAAAUUCCACAUGAUGCUGUUGUUUCUUCUUUCUUUUUGGAUGACAAUGGCAUGCGUGCCCAGGGAAGUGGCAAAAUGUAACCAUUUCAAGACUUAUGUAACCAUUUCAAGACUUUCUUUUCCAAAUUUUCAAGAAAAAUAAAGAUUUGUUUGCUUGCUGCAGUUAAUUAACUAAUACUUAUUACACCAACCAACUACUUUGCAUACACCAAUCACAACAAUCAACAUUUAAAAUUCUGCCCAUCAUAUCCCCGCUAUCUUCUCUUUUCCCCCUCUUUUCGUGAAAAUCAUAUUCCACUCUCUCUUCCUCUGUGUUUUCUACUUUACCAAAGACCCAAGGGAAGAACAGAUACUACUAGUUUUUUACCAAUAUAUAUAUAUAUAUAUAUAUUCUACUCUCUAGUACUCAACUGAUAUAUUCCUUCUUUGUCACCUAUAUGUGUGUGUCUGAACUCUGAAGCAAUAUGGGUCAAUUCUCUGCCAUGGCCGAUUACCUUACAUUUAGAAAACCAAAGCAAAGCAAGAGCAGCCACAAACAUCUACUAAGCUAUAUGGGUCAAGCUUUCUCUGCCAUGGCCGACUGCAGUAUAUUUGGUAAACCAAAACAAAGCAAAAGCAGCCACAACAGUCUACUAAGCUAUAUGGAUCAACCUUUCUCUACCAUGGCCGACUACUUCCAUAUUUUCAGUAAACCAAAACCAAGCAAGACCAGCCACAACUGUCUGCUAAAUAUUGCUUCAACAACACUAGCGCUGAGCGCCCUAGCUACUCUUGCAGUACUAGUGCUGAUGUACUAUCGUACCAGAUUUCAAAACCAUUUAGAUGACGAUAACAAAAUAGAAAAGGAUCAUGAGGAUCAGGAAGAGGAAAAGAGGCAAGUUUAUCCAUGUGUUUCGGAUAUGUUGGUGGCCAAGGGCACCCCAAAUAGGGAUUUUAUUUUCAAUGAAGAUGAUGAAAAACAACAACACAAGAUAUUGUUGGUGGGUGAAGGAGAUUUCUCUUUCUCUGCUUCUUUGGCUUCGUCUUCUCCUUCUGCUUCCAACGUGGUCGCGACAUCUCUCGAUUCUAGAGAUUUUUUAUACAGAAAUUAUCAGAAUGCGAUGGAAAAUAUUAAUGAAUUAAGGAGGAAAGGAUGCACCAUCAUGCAUGGCAUAGAUGCCACAGAAAUGGCAAAACAUGAUGCUCUCAGUAGAAUGCUGUUCGAUCGAAUCAUUUUCAAUUUCCCACAUGCUGGCUUCUUUAAAGAUGAAUCCACGGAAUCCCAGCUCCGGCACCAAAUGCUUGUAGUGUUGUUCUUGGAGAAUGCUAAAAAGAUGUUAAAGAAAGGAGGAGAAAUUCAUGUGACACAUAAAUGCCGGGGCUUCUUUGAACGAUGGAACAUUCAAGUUUUGGCCUCAAACGUUGGUCUCCGACUUAUUGAGGAAGUUCCGUUCAAUUUUAGGGACUAUCCUGGAUAUCACACCAAAUAUGGUUUUGGUGGUGACAAAAACUUCAAUUGUAAACCCAGCAAAACCUAUAAAUUUGGCUUUUAAUCAAUCAAUAUUACAACUUUAAUCCGUUAGUUUAUUGAAAAAUGAAGACUCAUCAGCUUUUGAAUUAUAUUUAUACCUCAAAUACUUAUGAAAAUG